UGUGAGUCCUGUCCUGUGAGCUCUGUGGAACCUGGCCCUGGCUGGGCACUGAGGCCAAGCAAAGUGAACCAAGUGAGACGACCGAGGCCUGGCCUGACAAGGAGCGGAGGCUGGCGAGAGACCUGAAUUAACUAAGAGGUGACUGCUUGCACCAUGCAGAGUCUACCCCAAGUAUCCAGCCAUACGAGGUGUGGUGUCUACCUGAAGAACAUUGCACUUUAUAAGGAAAGAUGUUGUCUCCAAAUGAUAAAAAGUUAGAAAAGCUAGAUCCGUUUUACCGACCUUCAGUGUCCGAGCAGAAGACUAGUGCAGAAAUCAUAAGUGAAGCACGAAAUGCCUUAAGAACUCUUAGGACCCAAAGACCAUUUACACCACGGGAAGACCAAAGAAAACUAUUUGGACGUGCAUCUUCAAGAACACCAGAAAAUAGACCCCCGUCUUCCUUCAGCAUCCAUGCAUCCAGUUUUGACUCCUCUGACUCCAGGCCCAUCUUUGGCACACGUCUCAGUCCACUAGAGCUUAAACCAAAAGCUCCAGCAUCUCCUGCCACAGAAGAGGAUCCCUGCCCUUCCUUUCCAAAACCCCCAGUGGACCCCGCGAAGAUUAGAAGGAUAAGCAGUGCCCGGGCGCGCUUACUCAGGGCGGCCUCGCAGGGGGCUCUUCUGCCAGACAGGACCCUUCCUCCUGCUCAGCCAAAGAAGAGAGUUGAACCCAAAGAAACAGUUACGAUGGGGGACUCUAUGGUGAAAGUACAUGGGAUUUAUUUAACAGAAUCAAAUGCCAUUGGCCACUUGAGUCACCCACUUCAGCUAACGUAUGACGGAGACUUCAGUGAAAUCAAGGAGCAAGAAAUUUUCAAAGGGACAGCAUCCUUGCCAUCUCAUCUCAGAAGUGGAGGGGACCAGUGGAAGAGGCGUUCAAGGGCCUCCUUAUGCUCCCGAAGCUCAGACCAGAGCAGGCUAGACACCAAAACAGACUCAAAACUCGACUUGCAAGAAAAGGAUACAGAAAUAGAAGUAGGUGAAGUCUUUUGGAAUACAAGGAUCGUACCGAUUUUGCGUGAAUUAGAAAAAGAAGAAAACAUUGAAACGGUUUGUGCGGCUUGCACACAACUUCAUCACGCUUUAGAGGAAGGAAACAUGCUUGGAAGUAAAUUUAAGAGAAGAAGUAUUCUCCUGAAGACCCUAUAUAAACUAGUUGAUGUUGGCUCAGACUUGCUGAGCCUUAAACUUGCAAAAAUUAUUCUAGCACUUAAAGUGAGUGGAAAGAAUCUUCUUAGUGUCUGCAAGCUUAUAUUUAAAAUUAGCAGGAGUGAGAAGAAUGAUUCUCUGAUUCAAAAUGAUGGCAUUCUGGAAUCAUUAUUGGAGGUCCUGAGAAGUGAAGAGCUGCAAGCUAACACCGAAGCUUUCUUAUACUGCAUGGGGGUGAUCAAAUUCAUUUCUGGAAAUCCAGGAUUUCUUCAUGAAAUGAUUGGCAAAGGUGCUGUUGAAAUAUUGAUGAAUUUGAUGACGCAUAUAAAUGAGAACACCAAGAAAUCUGGCACAUGUUUGCCUAAUUCAGGCCACUUGUUAGUCCAAAUGACUGCUACGCUGAGAAACUUGGUUGACUCACCACUAGCAAGAAGUAAGUUGCUAAGCAUCAGUGCCCUUCCCCAGCUCUGCACAGUGAUGGGACAGUACAUAGGUGACAAGGAGGUCUGCACCAAUGUUGCCAGAAUAUUCAGCAAAGUUACUACUUAUCAUGACUGCUGUGUAGCCUUGGCCAACUACUCCAGAUGUUAUGCCUUGUUUUUGAAUCUGAUAAACAAAUACCAGAAGAAGCAGGAUUUAGUCGUUCGUAUUGUUUUUAUUCUUGGCAACCUGACAGCGAAAAAUAACCAGGCUCGUGAGCAGUUUUCCAAAGAGAAAGGGAGCAUCCCAACUCUGCUGUCUUUAUUCCAUACGUUCUACACACUGGAUCUGCAUUCCCAGAAGCCCCUGGGGGAAGGAGAAGAGAGGCCCAAGGCGCCAAGGCCGGCCCAGGCAGAGGACGUGCUCAUCAAGCUGACCCGCGUGCUCGCCAACCUGGCCAUCCACCCGAGCGUGGGCCCAGCCAUCGCCGCCCACCCGCGCAUCGUGGGCCUGCUCCUCGCCAUGCUGGAAUCUAAGUCCAUUGAUGAUUGUGAGGAGCUGGUGAUCAAUACUACGGCGACGAUCAACAACUUAUCUUACUACCAAGUGAAGAAUUCCAUAAUUCAAGACAAAAAGCUAUAUAUUGCUGAAUUGCUCUUAAAGCUCCUUGUGAGUCACAACAUGGAUGGAAUCCUGGAGGCUGUACGUGUUUUUGGAAAUCUCUCCCAGGAUCAUGACAUCUGUGAUUUCAUUGUGCAGAGAAAUGUUCACAAGUUCAUGAUUGCUCUGCUGGAUGCUAAGCAUCAGGAUAUUUGCUUUUCUGCCUGUGGUGUUCUUCUAAAUCUCACCGUGGAUAAAGACAAGCGUGUCAUCCUAAAAGAAGGAGGUGGCAUUAAAAAGUUAGUGGAUUGUUUAAGGGAUUUUGGUCCCACUGAUUGGCAGCUGGCCUGCUUGGUGUGCAAAACUUUAUGGAACUUCAGUGAAAAUAUCACCAGUGCUUCGUCAUGUUUUGGAGAUGAGGCCGCCAACACACUCUUAGUCCUGCUCUCAUCGUUUUUAGAUGAAGAACUAGCACUGAAUGGGAGUUUUGACCAAGACCUAAAAAACUAUCACAAACUCCAUUGGGAAACAGAAUUCAAACCGGUGGCACAACAGCUUCUAAACCGAAUUCAGAGUCAUCACACCUUCCUGGAACCCCUGCCUGUUCCUUCUUUCUAACAUGAUGCAGAUAAACAACAGAAACAGGAAGUCAGGUCUCCUUCAUUCUUAAGAAGUGGCAACAUAUGUGAACUUUUUUUCGGUAUUAACAAAUAUUGAAAGUUUUUCAGGUACUGAUUUU